ACGCCACGGUGAGAUCACCCAUCGGGGCUCUGUAACCAACCCGUACGCCCAAUCUACUCAGCAUCGGAGGUUUCAAUUCGAGCAACAUGGCUUCUUUACCCUUUGCUGCGCUGGUGCGCAGAGACAUACCUGCGUCCUUCCGGUGGCCAGUCAAGUUCUGCCUCUCGACGACCUUCAUCUCGUGGUUGCUAUCCGUCUUGACCGGGAAUGUCUCUCAGGUCGACCGCGUCUGGACUUUUCUUCCGACCAUAUACACCGCGUACUAUGCGCUGCUGCCCCUCUGGCCUCAUGAGCCGUUGAUGCCGUUGUGGCCGUACACUCCCGGGGUCAUACACCACGCUGUUACGGAGCGGUACAGUCCGAGGGCAUUGUUGAUGUUAGGUCUGGUGGUAAUAUGGAUGUUCCGUCUCUCAUACAAUACAUGGAGGAGAGGAUUGUUCAAUCUCCACGAUGAAGAUUACCGUUGGCAAAUUGUCCGAAACAAGAUACCCCGCUGGUUGUUCAAGAUCGUCAACCUCGUCUUCAUAGCCGUGAUUCAAAACAUCAUCCUCUUCCUCCUUGGAAUCCCCACGCAUAUCGCCACCUUCCAGCAACCUGCCCACCUCAGCACUUCCGACUAUAUUCUUGGGGCCCUCGCGCUCAUCGACAUUGCCCUCGAGUUUGUCUCGGACAAUCAGCAAUACUCAUUCCAGACGUACAAAAAGACGGGCGUUCAUGAGAAGAACGAGUGGAUUGGUGCGCGUAUCAAAUGGACGCCACAGGAUGCUAAGCGUGGAUUCGUCACACGUGGGCUGUGGGCUUGGUCGAGGCAUCCAAAUUUCUUUUGCGAACAGACCUUCUGGGCUCUCAUCACGUUGUUCCCCUUGCUCGCACCCGAGUCACCAAACCUGCCCUCUCUCCCGACAACAUCCAUGACACCUCUGUGGCCGCUUACGCCCGCCCUCGUACUAUGCAUACUGUUCUUCUCCUCGACUCGCUUCACUGAAAGCAUUUCGUUGUCGAAGUAUCCUGAGGCGUACAGCGCCUAUCGCGAGCGCGUCGCGAUGUUCGUUCCGCUGCUGACGCCCGUGUGGGGGUUGCUCUUGCAACUCAGAGGCAAGAAAGCGCAGGUGGAUGAGAUGCUUUUUGGACAAGAUGAGGAAACGAAGAAGGAGAAGUGAGGAUGGGGGAGAUGAUCUGCCGUCGUGCAUGCGGAGGUUUGUUUUUGGACUUUGGACUUGUGAUUGACGUGAACUGUGUAAUAUGGCCUUCUUCGUUGUCGCAAUGGAAUGGAUCGGAUAUUGUAUUGUUUCUUUCGCUG